AUGGGCCCGCUCCACCCCCUUCUCGCGCCUCCACCGCAGCUCGCCUUGAACCCUCUGUCGUCAACUUCGGCGCAUCUGCUUUCCUUUCUCUUCACCUCGGGCUAUGUAGGGAGUAUCUAUAUCUCGAAUCAUCUCGCUUCGAGCGGUGAUGCGCCGAAACGGAAGGCUGCAGUCUCUGCGAGCUCCACAGGAGGUACAGAAGAGAACUCUACUUCGCUGCCUCUCCCACCAAUAUCCGCGGAGGACGCACCUGACGAUGCCUUCCUCGACCCCAGUGCACCCCAGCCAGGGGACCGGAACCACCCAGCUACCAUCCGUAGUCGGAUGAAGGCUGUUGGACUCGCUACUGCUCUGAGCCUAGGCGGAGUCUGGUACACUGUGAAGACAAUAGGCGGAUAUGGGGCAGUGGAAGCUGUCCGCCCGACGCUCUCUUUGCUCGGCUUACCACUUCCUUCCUUCCCCUCACUGUCCGCUCUGCCAAUCACGGUCCUGCCCUACGUGCUCGCGCCCGCGCUCCUCCUCGGCCCGCUAUACGCUACAUAUCUCGACGGUGACCUCCCUUCUUUCUCAUACACCCGUCGAGAAGGCCUGCAGAUCCAAUGGGACAGGUUCAGCGGGCCAGAGUCAGGCUGGGGUCUGGCGGAAUGGCGAAACUACGUCGUGGGCCCACUGACUGAAGAGCUCGUAUUCCGCUCCUGCCUCCUCUCGGUCGCCCUCCUCUCUCGGACUUCUAUGCGGUCCAUGACAUUCGCCACUCCUCUCUGGUUUGGCGUCGCACACGCCCAUCACGCCUGGGAGACAUAUACCAAAGGUGGACGAACUUCCUCUGCGGCUGUCCGAGCUGUCGCUGGGUCCCUGUUCCAGCUGACGUAUACGACCCUCUUCGGCUGGUUCGCGACGUACAGCUACCUCCGGACCGCGUCUGUCCUCCCUGCGCUCGCGUCGCACGCUUACUGCAACGUCAUGGGGAUCUACCUACCCAACGUGGCGGCUCAGCGGCACCCGGGGCGGAAAGGGCUGAUAUGGGGCAUGUACGGGCUAGGCAUCGCUGGGUUUGUGGUAGGUCUGAGGCGCCUGUGA